AUGAUCUGCCACCGAGAACCGUACCCUGCACUUGAAGCAGUACAGCGCAGCGCAGCUGGGAAAUACGUUCUCAUCACCAAUGCUUCGCACGGAAUUGGCCGAGCAAUCGCAAUCUCAUGGGCAGGAGCAAACGCCGCAGGGAUCGCAAUGAGCAGCCUCAACACAGAGGAUCUCGAACCUGUCACCUCGGAAAUCAGAUGCAUCAACCCCAACAUCCCGAUUGUCGCCAUGACGUGUGAUACCGCAAGUUCAUUUGAUAUAAACGACUUCUUCUCCGCUACAAAGGAAAGCUUUGGUAAACUGGAUGUAGCAAUCGCGAAUGUUGGUACUGCACAUCUUGAGAACCUGGAUGCAAUCAACGACAACGACUUGUGGUGGGCCGAUGUCAUGACCAACUUUCGCAGUACACAUCUCACUGCCCACCAAUACCUGCGCACAUUCGGUCCAUCGCCGACUGGUACAUUCAUUUCAAUAACAUCGGGCGCGAACUUCUACGUUGGUCCAGGGGUCUCUUCCCAUGAGUUCGCCCAACAGAUCGACUGCCGACUUCUAGACUUUCUGACCUUUGAGUAUCCAAUGAUGAAGGCGUUUUCGCUGGACUCAGGGCCAAUACAGGUGAGGUGGACAAGGCUCGCACAUGGCCAUUUCGAGAUUGGUGAUCCGGAGUUGGCCGGCUUAUUUUCUGUUUGGUUGGGUGGCGGCCGAGCGGAUCUAUUGAGGGGCAAUAGUUUGCGUGCUGAAUGGGAUAUUAAUGAGCUUGAGCUUAAUAUGCGACAAGCGUUGGAGAGGGAUACCUUGAAGCAGAAAAUGUCCAGCGGUUGUUUGCGACUGGCGACGAGGCAAGUUUAG